AUGAAGAUCUAUGGAAGGAUGAUGGCACUCGCUGCCGGAUUCAACGCUUUCUAUAGUUUGACCGCCCUACUUAUUACAAUGGUGAGUUUGACGUGGCUUAUGGGUCAACUGUUCCCCCAAAAAGCCAAGUUUGCACCGAAGGCUUAAGUCAACACCGAAUUCCGGAAUUUGGUGCACACUUUAAAAAUUUCGGAAUGGGGUGCCGAGUUAAAAAUCGGGGUCUUAAGUCGACGCUUUUUUGAGUUGGGCGUCGGCUUUUUUGUGUACCGAAAAUCGCGAUUUAGGGGAAAAAAUUGUGAAUUCUCAUAUGACCACCUUUAUAUUAUCCGUUAGAAAAAUUCAGCGGAUAUAUAGGACCUGCUUUCGAGUUCUGGAUAACAGGGGAAGUACUUUAAGGACGGCCACAAAAAUCGUUGAAUAUCUCGGUCGCACUUCAAGCACUUCCCUUGUAAAUGUAAGACUUUCACUAGGGUCUAGACUGCAAUGAUAAAAUUUAUUCUGGGUGUAAAUAUCCCGUCGUUGAAGCAACUUGAUUUUACCGCAACACAAUUCAAUUUCUCGUCGAUGCGGUUUCCGAUACGACGAUGUGCUUAUUAUAUUUAUUUCCCCGACAUUCCGAGAGCAGUUUUAAUUGUUUGAACUUAGAGGUCAGUACCACACGGGACUCUGUUCUACUACUUUACCGACUCUCCAUUAGUCCUUUAUGCUCCGCAACUGGUUCAACAGCUGUGUUUGCAUUUAAUAUUUGCGACGUUCUACGUUCACGCCUGGCUUCCGGCAAUUCAAUUCUUCAUCCGCUACAAGGUCAUCAAAGACAGUAAUGGCGACCUCAGGAAGUUGUAUACAAGUUUUUUUGCACUGGUUCUCUUUUGUUGCGCCUAUUCGAGUUCGUAUGCCAUAGAUUUUGAAGAGCCUUCGAAACGAUACAGGGAGUUAUUAUAUUCGAAUGUUCCUGGUUGUGAUCUUGACCAGGUUUUGCCAACCUAUAGCGUCUUCAACAAGGUGAGUUGAAGAACGCGGAGAGCCAACGUUUUCAGACCACACUUUCGAGCCGAAUUCACAAAGUCUUGAUUGUUGUCAUACUGUGUACCAGCAGUGUGGUUGUUGUUUAUUAUGGCGUCUUAACAUGGCUUCAUUUUAAACAACACCUUGCGAAAAUAACUAAUCAGAUGAGGAAGUUCAACAGGGAUAUUAAUUUGGUGCUCACGUUUCAGGCAAGUCUAAUCCUUAUUUUGCUAUAUGUAUGUUUAUCUAUCAGGGAGAGGGGAAAAAAACAAAAUUUCGCUGCGCCGAACGGGUCGCUGAAGCGAAAAGCAAUUUGAUCUUGCCGCAACACAACCCAUAAAUCUUUACUGUUACUUUAAUCCUGUCUGAAAAGAGGCUAUACCAGUUUGUCGGCAAAAUAAUGAGCACUACGUUGAUGUGCCUGCCGCGUCGCUGAAAUGAACAUCAAUUUGGUUUUGUCCCGAUAAAAUUCGUUUUUUCGGCGGCAAUACGAUUUUCGAUGCGACAUUUAAUUUUCCCGACCGCGUUAUCCGCUCAUAUUACGCUUUCUUAACCGUGCGUAGACUUUUUGCCGCUGGGCGAAAGACAAGAAACUCCACGCGUGGCGGCGAGUUUUGAAUAGCACAUUGAAAAAGUUAAUUCGCAAAGCUUUGCCACAAAAAGUGUACAAAGUCUAGAAAAAGCGUACGGGGCGCCAUAAAGUCUGUAGAAUUUUUCACAGUGGGUUUGCCUCUUUUUUCGCACGCGCCGCUGCGGCUUCUCGUUUUUGCGACAUACACUUUUUCGCAGCGUUGCCGAAAAAAGCUCUACGGACUUUAUGACGCGACUUGUAGUGUCAAUUUUAGGCGUUGCUCCCGUUCAUGUUCAUCGUCCUCCCAAACAGUCUGUUCCUUGCCAACAUUUUUCCACUCAACGUUAUGGAUACAGUCGGCCUUAUUGCAAAUUUCGGCUCAACAAUGAGUCCGCUUCUGGAUGCUCUUAUCGUUCUGUUUUUGAUUCCCGCCUUCCGCAAGAACGUCGUGAAGUCUCUAAACGGCACCACGCCUCGCUCCAGCAACGUGAUUUUUACAACAUAG